AGUUCUCGCGUUCGCCUUCACCUUAAAACCGUGUUCAUCUUGAUAAGAUAGAGACAUGUAAUUUUCCCGUAUGUAUUUUAAUGUCAUGAUUAUAGAUUUCAAUCACUAGUUUUGUUUGUCAAACGGAUAAGAUGUAAUGAUUCUAAUUAGCCGAUUUUAAAAUAAAUCGGCCUAGGCCUAAAUCCUUCGUAUAGGCCCGUCGAAUCGCGUCAACGAAUGCUUUAAAGUUUAAAAUUCGUCACUUAUAUUAAAUAACACUUUGUCAUCGAUUAGGUAAGUUACAACGUCAUUAAUUAAGUUUAAGUUGAGUCAGCUAAAGGUUCUCUUGAAAUGAUUAAGAUAAAAACAGAAUUAUGGAACAAUCGGUGGCAGAGACGGCUGAUCGAAAUGACGCGGCCGUUUACAUUCAAGAAGGUGUACUUUCCGAUAUAUCAAAUGGGGAUAAAGGGCCUUACAUCUACCCGACCACCUAUGAACAGCCCGGUUAUUCAAAUUGGGUGGAAUGGCCCCAUCAACAGUACACCACUGAGCCUAUACAUGCCAUAACCAGUUAUGGUUGUCAACCGACGCCCAUAACGUCGAUUGAACCUAUAGCUCCUCCAUCGCGAAGGGGGAGACCCAGGGGAUCUUCGACUAUAGUCGAUGAAAAUGGUAAACCCGUCCCAACCGUAGGUGACAAAAUUGAGCAAAGACGACAAAGAAAUCGAAUUGCAGCUAUUCAGAGUAGGAUGAGGAGAAAAGAAUAUAUUCGACGUUUAGAAACGAGACAGCACGAGCAAGGGCAUCUUAUUGAGCAGUUACAAGAGGAAGUUAGAUAUUUGAGAAUGCUGCAAGGAAUUCCUCUAGAUUUGCCUUUGCAAACUUCCCUAAAUCAGAAUGCCGAUUAUGCCGAGUAUAUCCAACAGACUUAUGGAUCAAACGGUCCAGCUGCAAGUGAGACUGUCGUUGAAGAAAAUCAAAAGAACAACGACUUGCAGGACUCGGAAGUAGUUGCUAAAAAAGAGACUGAUUAA